AUCCGAUCUCCCCGACUUGCAGAGCAUUUGCCAACAGUUCAAGUACACCGCAGCUCCUGUGACGUUUCUGCUGAGAAAUUCAGGUUCCUGCCACGCUCUGUCGAUCACCGGCGUCGUCAGACUUUUACGCAUGCCUGAGGACGUCACGUUGUCCGGGAAGUGCUCGUCUGCGCUUCUAGAAUGGGUUAAGAUCAAAUACGGCAGUCGGACGAUGCACACGCAACUAGCACACGAUUUACAAGCGAGGAUGCGCGACACCUUUGUCGCGUUUUCCCAUUUGGUGUCCUGCAUCCAGAUUCGACGAUGGCACACGAGGUUAUUGGACGAAAUCCAGACCUUCUGGUUCUUCUUGAGUAUCGAACCAGUAGGUGUAGUGAAGAACACCUUAGCGAUUGAAAAAAGCUUCGACUUGGACCUGCACGUGAUUGAGGAAACUCAGAACGUAGUCACUGCGCCAGUGCUGCAGCGAGUGUUACAUGCGACAAGGAAGUUAUGGCUCGAGGACCUCCUUGCUAUAAUUACUUGCUUACAUGAGAUUCACAUUCAGAUUGAGAAGUCGAUCUUCAAAUGAGGAUGAAAUUAUUGCGAAGAGCAAGUUGUAGUAAGUGCUGAGAAGCUCGGAAUUCUUUCAGCACUCUUGAAUGGUUCUGGUAUUUGGUAACCUGAACUUGAUCACUAGGAUUCUCUUACUGUUUUUCUUAUGAUCAAAAUCAGGUUACCAAAUGCCAGAGCCAUCCACUCACUUUCUAACAGCCGUCGUCUGUGACGCCUACGACGAGGAUCCGUCUCUCCUCCGCCAAAUUCUGAAACACGGCAGUCCAUUCCGCUUCGAGCUCUUGAAGCUUAUCCUCGACCACCGCAUUGAAGCAAACGAGCAAACCAGACGUGGUCAGGAAGUAGACGCAGUGAGGGGAGUCAACGUGCUUGGAGGAGGAGGGUUUAACUCUCCAAGAGGAGGCAACCAGAUUGUAGACGAUGAUCCUAUGAUGUACGCGGCAGACGGGAAUUUGAAUGGUGCUACAGAGGUAGCGAAGCAAGCGCAGGAUCGUCUGUUAAGGCCAUCGCCUAGUAGUGAUCUCGUCUAUAAAUAACCGAAUAUACGAGUAUCCAGACGAACCAGCAUUUGUUUCUUUUUCAUCUGCUUUUGAUGCUCUUCAUUUCCGUGGUCUUUGUUUUGUAUGACAUACUCCAUGUUAGUUGAUGUUCGUAUUCGUUGUUAUCCUUACCUCUCUACCUCCGCUCCUCUUGUUCUAAGCACAGUCUCCGAUAAAAGCCACUCCAUACUGUACCUUUCGCCGACGUUGCGGGAGGCUGGGUUGAUCGAACAGCUGG